AAUUUUUUUUUUUAAGGGUAUUCAUAGAUUUUUCAGUGGGGACCACAAGAAAAGUUGUUUUUAUUUAAAUAAUUCGGGAUAGGGGAAGAGAAAACCAGCGAGGAGAUUAUUAAGUGGUAACGAACAGUCACUAAUAAGAUAGAAAAUUCUUGUUGCCAAUAAGAUUCCCAAUUGGUAAUCAAAUAUGCUUAGGUUUCUCUCCCUCUCUCUCUCUUUUUUUUUUUUUUUUUUUUUUUUAAAUGAGCAACUAUUUUGUGUGAUAAAUAUUUACAUAGGCUUAGAGUUAGGGUUUUGAAUAAAAUUGGUGGCCGAGGCAAUGGAAGUGAAUUGUGAUGGAGAUGCAACAUGUGAUGAUCGAAUUUCCAAAUUGCCAGAGCCAAUUUUGCAUCACAUCAUGUCUUUCCUUUAUGCUAAACAUGUCGCGCAAAUGAGUACAUCGUCCAAGGCUUUGGCUACUGCUUCGAAUUCACUCUCCUACUUAAAUUUUGGUUAUAUUUCCGACUGGUGGUCAAAUUGUAUGCAUGUUGUUAUACGUCAAACUCUAGCAAAUAGGAAAAAGCACAGGAUUUCCAUUCAAAAGUUCUCUAUGGUUAGGCUAUUUUUCUCCUCUUUCUUAUGUCGACAGAUGGAUUAAGAUACUCAUAGAUUAUAAUAUCAAAGAGUUGGAUCUAAGAGUAGUCAGACCUGAUUAUCGAGGCAACAUCGGAUACGACAGGUUGCCUGAGAAAAUCUUUGCUGCCAGAUCGCUAAAUGUGCUGAGUUUGUAUGGAUUUAAGAUUGAAUUGCCCGCUGAUGAUGGUAUGAUAAAGUUAUCAUCUUUGCAGGAAUUGCACCUCUCUUAUGUGUUUUUGGAUGAGAAAUUUAUUGAGUCUCUGUGCACAAGCUGCUGCAAUUUAGAGCAUCUGUCUUUUCGGUAUUUCGACGGACUCACCAGCUUUCAAGUUUGUGAGACUUUACCUAAACUGAAAAAGGUAAACUUACAACUUCCCUGUUCUGUACUCCAAUUGGUUGAUAUUGCAGCAUUUAAUGUCGAAGAGCUUAGGAUCAACAGCCUUAACAGGAGCAUAAAGGUUGUUAGAAUAACUGCUUGCAAAGACCUCAAGAGUUUGUACCUCGGUGCUGUGGAUGUCACUGACAAUUGGUUAGAGGAACUAUUUUACAGCCUACAAAAUGUUGAAAAGUUUGAGUUAUCUCGCUGCGAUACAUUGAAAACUAUGAAGAACGCAAGUGGCAGGCUCAAAUGGCUGAUAACCUCAGAUUGUGAUAAUCUGAUUGCUGCUGACUUCGACAAACCUAAUUUAUUGAAGUUCCAAUACAGUUGUCAUCCAUUGCCAACAUUCAAAUUGAAAGCUUCAGUUUUGCUGGAAGCCAUUUUCCAGUUGUAUCCAAUAUGUGGUUGGCACUCUAAGCUCAUGAAAUUUCUUGGGAACUUCAAUCAUUCCCAGACUAUUGAAUUAUCGUGCUGCUGUGACGAGGACAUAAUUAUACCAAAAGACCUGAGAGAAAACAUCCUUCCGCCCCUUUAUGGUACUAAUAUUUUGCAAGUGAACUUUCGUCGUCAAUUCAGUUAUUCAGUUGUCGAUAUUGUUGAUAGUAUGCUUUGGAUUUCUCCUCACCUGCACACUCUAUCUUUUACCCAAGCUCCAGGUUUAAAGACCCUGAAGUUCAUAUAUGAAGAUGCAUCAGAUGAAGACAAGAAGUGUUGUGCAUCUCUACCAUGGGAAUGUUGGAGGCAUACGUUAAAGAAAGUCGAAUUGCAUAACUUUUCAUGUAUGGAAGAAGAGAAGUUAAGAAACUACUUUUUCGCCAAUGCAGAUAACUUGAAGAUGGUUGAGAUCAGCCUUUGACUAGUACUAGUAAAUCACUUUUACAGGUUUACAACAACAACAUACGUGUAUUCCCACAUAGUGGGGUCUGGGGAGGGUAGAAUGUACACAAACCAUACAAUUUACAGGUUUAAUAUAGUAAAUUGUACAUUUGCUAGCAUAAGUAUCUUGGA